UUCUUCUUCUAUAGAUAUUAAUAUUUCCGAAAAAAAAAUUAUUGGAUUUGGAGUAGAACUAAAUCACCAUAAAGGACAAUAGUUAUUCGCCCUGCGUCUUCAUAACCAACUCAAUUUACGGAUCUCACAAAUAAACUCCAAAAUGAACUCGAAGAUCGACCAUAAAGAGCUUUUUGGAUAAAUGGAUAAUGAAUAUGAGAAGCAGUUGCUAUGGUAAUGGCGUUUGAAAUGGCGCCUUGACUUUCCCGCCGUGUGAAUAAACGUCACCUUAUCGUCUGCUCUGGUGUUUGUUGUGAAACAUUAAAACUAUAGAAGGAUAGAGGAAGGGUGUCGAGUGAUUUGAUGAUUGGAAUACGAGCCGAAUCUCCGGGGUAGAGGAGACAACAAGUGAGGCUUCUUAGCAACUGAUGAGAAACGAAUGAGAAAGCAUUCAAAUCACGUCUAAGAUGGAUACAGAGGAGGGUAACGGGGUGAUCCUUUUCGAGGAUCAACUCAACUUAGAGCACCUCAAGCAGCUCAUGUCGGAGUUUGCUGUCCACCAGCCGACUGAUGAGAUGCCAGAUGAUGGUACCUAUUCCCCUGGUCGUAUUAUCAGAAGAGAGGCGGGAAAUGUGACUCUUGGAGAGUUUAAAAACAUGGUCAGAAGUCUGCUUAAAUCGUCGGAUUGGGACGCUCACCUUGAAGCACUCUUUGCAAAGGUGGACACUUCAGCCGAUGGUAUGGUCGAUUGGAACGAAUUUGUGACGUACAUGCUGCUACACUACAGGGAGAAUGAUAACAUGAAACUGAGGAAGAAUGUGGUAUUUAACAAGGAGCCUAAAAUACGACAUAUCGCCCAAAAUAAGCAAGACAUCGUAUGGUGCAAUAUAGUUCUGGAGAAUCCCUGUCGGUAUAUAACACUGAGUAAGGAGGGGACACUGUGUCUGUUCGAUGAGAACCUUCGCUUGGAGACGUGCCUGGAGAUUAAGGAUGGCACUGAGGAUCCACGGAAUGGAUCUAAGAGACGUUUUAAGACAUGGUACAGUGAUAUUGUCUUCAUGGCCAAUGUCAAUAUGAUUGCUAUAGGAUCAAAUAGCAGAACGAUUCGCUUCUGGGACAUCGUCAACACAAAGACCUGCAUUGAACAAUUCAAUCUCUAUGCUCUAAGUGACAUUCCGUCGUGUAUGGACUAUUGGUAUGAUAAGAAGAACCCUUCUGGUGAAUCUAUCUUGGUGAUGGGUUCUGAUAAGGGAUCUAUCAAUCUAUUCUAUUUCCUAAAACCUCAAGAGAAGAUAUUCGAGACUCCCUUCAAGCCUGAAGACACUGUUCAGAAAAUCUGGAUGCAUAACAUCUGCCAACAUCAGAAGUACGUUCGUCAUGUGGUCAUACCGUAUGUGCACACAGAGUAUAUCCGCAAGGUUCGAUACCUCCCUGACAAGGAUUUCAUCCUUUCAUCAAGUGGGUGUAGAAAGACACCCCUCAUCAUGAUGGACAUACAGGGAAAGAGAAAAUCUUACACCUAUAAACUCAGUAAGGGUGUGGAAUGUUUCGACUAUAAUCGCAGUAUGAACGUGAUCGCUACAGGUGGUAUUGAUCACGUGGUACGACUUUGGAACCCGUAUGUUCAAGAUAAACCAAUCGCCUUUCUCCGUGGUCAUACGAUGGCGGUCGUAGGCGUCGUCAUCAACGAUCGAUUCAAGCACGUCUACAGCUUUGCAAAAGAUGGAGUUGUGAAAGUAUGGGACCUUUACGAAUAUACCUGCCUGCAGACCAUAAGCGUGAGGUUUCCUUGUCUGCAGAAUGCCAGAAAUCCAGAAUUCGGUAUGGUCAACAUGGUGUUAUACCAGGGUCGAGAGCUGAUGACGGCAUGUGCUGAUUAUAUCGCCCUUCUGAGCCUGGGACGUAACAAUGCCUUAGAGAGACGAAUACCAGUCACACAUGAAACUCAACUAUGCUGUACAGUUUACAACUCAUUCUUCAAAAUGGUUGCCACAGCAGCAGACGACUCCUCCAUUUCAAUAUGGAACGUGGAGACUGGCGCCAAAUCUUUCACUAUCCCAGAGGCUCAUGGGAAUGAAGAGAUCACGUGUCUCACCAUUAGCACCACGGGAAGGAAAUUGUACUCAGGAGCUAGAAAUGGAACGAUAAAGGUUUGGAGUUUCCAGAACGGCCACAGCAUUCAUGAAUGUGAGAGUGUAGGAGAUGAUGAGAUCACCGGACUCAUCUCAGUCGGGAAGAAGAAAGGUUUCCUCAGCGUCGGAUGGAGUAGGAAGAUAGUCCAAUACCAGGAUGGGGAUUGUGACACGAGCUUUUUGAAAGCAAACACCAACUGGAAAGGUGGUCAGGUUCACAAAGAUGACAUCUUAGCGUUCGAUUACAGUCCCCCUAGUCUCCUAGCAACGGCAAGCUUUGAUGGUGAGAUCCUCAUCUGGAGUCUGGAGACACAGAAAAUAUCAGUCAGACUCCGUAGAGGGCAGCCUACUAUCAUAAGCCAGAGGUUGAAAGCUGUGCUCAGUUUGCUUGGUGUCAAUGUGCUUGCUAUGAAGAAGAAGGUCCUUGACAUGGAUUUGACCCCUGAAGAAAGGUCAAAGGUCAGAUCUAGACCCAACUCAAGACACAGAAGGAAUCACAAGCAACCAGAAGGGUUUUCACAACCCCCCGUGGAGAAACUGUUGUUUCUUUCAUCCCGGUUAUCUGGUGGUAUGUCCGACAGUGCUGUGCUGGUUUCAAGUGAGGCCGGACACCUACACUUCUGGGCUAUCUAUGGUCAAAAGAGACAUCACAGAGGUUCGUUUUAUUCGAGUGAUUCUGCGGAAGAAGAUGAAUCUGUACUAGCUCUGAGCACCAACGCUGACAAUUCACUGCUCAUAUCUGGUGAUACCAUGGGUCAUGUGUAUAUAUGGGGUAUUUCAAACCACUGUAUCUACCCUACCAACAUUGAGGACAACAGCCGACCACCCUUGAUAAAAAGCUGGAAGGCACACGAUUCUACUGUGGUCAGUGUGGAAUACAUUGAUCAUCACUGUGGACAGUUCUUACUGACCGCCUCCACUGACUUCACAGCAAGACUGUGGACACUUGAAGGUCAUUUUGUUGGAACCUUUGGCCAGAGCAUGAACUGGGAUUUGAUGAAUCCCAAUACAUAUCAGCAUCCAAAAGAUCCUUGGACAGAGGAUAAGCCGCCUCCCAAAAAGAAGGAUAGUAUCUUUGAGAGAGUGGUCUCAGAAGGCGAAGAGGAAGAUGAUGUCUUUGACGAUGGAGAUGUGAAGGUAGAAGACAUCACCCUACCACCAGAAGACAACACUGGUAACACUGAACUUACCAAGGAGAACCUUGCUAUGCUACCAGGAUCCAAGCCGAUACAGAGCAGACGAUCAAGAGGGUCAAGCGCUGGAAAGUCAAGCAGCUCGGAAAACAGCCGAAAGAGCGGGGAGCUUUCUCUUCUUGAUGUGAACUUGAAUACUAGCCUGGUAGGAAAUGCGAAUGUGUCUGGUCACAGCAGCAGUCCCGUUCAGAUUCCGGUGAUUAAACAACAUACAAAUUCCAAACCGGGAUCAGGGGAAAACCGUGGAACUAGCAAGACUGAGAUAGGUAGCAUGCCUGCCAUUGCAAAAUUACUUGUUUCUGCUUCAGCGCCAGAAGCAAAAUCGGGUUUCUUUGCAACACAACGGGAUCAAAGUGCCCUUUCUUCAAUAUCUCGAGUGGCUCGUACUUCUGAAAGUUCCUCAGGGUCUACCGUGACACAGACGGCUCAUCCUCUCCCUCCAAUCUCGAAAUCACUUGACGCACUACCCGAAGAGACUGAUACUGGUUCCGAACAAAUCAAAAACAAAGAUGGUGCCAGAAAGAAAUCAAAUGUUGAUGGGACGGUGAGAAGUUGCAGUCAAUCUGACCAAUCAGAGGGCAGCAAGGGUAACAAUGGGCCAAUCAAACAACGGAAAGGGACGGUAACGCAACCUGACGACGAUAGAGUACGUAGGACCGGAAGUCAAGGAUCAAGGAGUGUAUCCAGUUCUGGGUCAAGCAACACAGGAAACCUUGAGGAUAUAAGACUGGGCUCAAGAUCAAAUACAAGUCUACUGGGUCGGCAUGUUGACGAAGGUCUGGCUCGUAUAACCAACAGUCGUUCAGAAAGACGUCAGAGGUUUGGGGACAUCGAUGUUACCAGGGUAUCAAGAUUUGGAAAGAUAUGUGCUCCUUUCCAAGCCCUUGCAACUCAGUCCACCAAGGCUGUCGAGUUCCCGUCCACACUACCGAUGACCCAACGAAUGAAACAACGGGGUGUCUCAUGUACCAACGAAACUGACCUUGAGAAGUUGACCUUGACCCCUCUUCAGCUUGAGUUUAAGAGCGAUAGGUCAACAUAUGGGGGAGAGAAUGGCGGUGCAAUGGAGGGUGCAAUUGCAGCCGUUCGGAGAGCGACACAGUUGGAGCCCCUGCCCAAUGCACUCACCGGAAGCCAGGGAAAGAAAUAAUCAUUAGUCCCUAAAAGUUAAAGCAAAAAUGUGUUUUGCAUAAAAAUUGUGACCAAUUUAAAAAUGCAUUCAAUUUGUUUACUUAAAUGAAACUUUACUUUCAAAAUGUGAAAUUGUUUACGAACUUAUGUAAACAAAUUAAGAUGGAAAUCUGACUUUCCCUUUACCCCUUGUACAGCUUGUAUUUGCAACUCGUCUGAUAUUUAAUUCGAAAAAGAUUCUUUGCACAUUUCAAUAUUUUGUCAACAGUUUAAUAGUUUAAGCUAUUUCUAACUAAAAGUGCCUUCAAAUCAAUUAAAGUUUGCAAAGUUAAAAAUGCAUUUAGCAUGAGAAAGUAAAAUUCAUGGCAAAUAAUUAUUUUCAAGAAAAUUUGCAUCUUCUGAUAUGAUCAAAAGUUUGUAUAGUCAUGUCUUAUUUUCAAUGAAUUGAAAAAUAUGAUAUAAAAUUUAUAUGGUUAUAAAGUGUGAUUAAGUAUUGUAGAUCUUGUUUAGAAUUUUUUUGAAGAACUUGCCUUUCUACAUGAAAACAACUGAAUACAUAUAUAUUUCAAAAUUUCUAUGGAAAAGGAAAACAUCAAUUUCUCAUAUUUUAUAAUCAUUAUAAAUGAUUUUGAAGGUGAAAAAACUUAGUUUGUUUGUGGUCUACAUUUUAUAUCACUGUAUUUCACUAUGGUCAUGAAAGCGCUUUUUUCAUACAUCAAUCUUAUCGUAAUGUGGUACAAUUCCUAACAAAGUAAUUAGUAUCCAUCCUGACAUUCCUGUAAUUAACUUUUUGGCAUUAUCAUGCUCAGCAUUAGGUCACUAUUUUUAUGUUUUAUGUUAUUAGAUUAAAAUGGUGAGCUGAUUAACUAUGGAACCUCUGAGGCGAAAUGACAUGUGUUUUAUCAUAACUCUUUUCCUAAUCUUAGAAGUUGUACCAUUGGUAAACUUACAGCAAGUUCUUAAAUUGUAUGGAUUAGGUUUCAAAGUUGUAGGAAUGAGUUAGUAGUUCAUGGGAAUAAGACACGAAAACUAAAGCAUGUCAUCUCAAGGGGCUGAUCACAUUCAUCAACGAAAGAAGAAGUUUUAAACUAGACCUUAUUUAUUUAUACAUCUGAACAAUCAUAUGAGCAAUGCACUACUGCCAAACCACCAUAACUUGUGAAAUAUGUAUAUAUAUUAAUUUAUUCGGUAUAUACCUUGAUAUAUAUAUGUGUGUUUUGUCAUUGAAAUGCUCUCUAAUGAUUGAUGUCUUACUAAUUAUGAAUAGAUUUGCCAAACUUUUUUAUGAGAAAAGAUAUGAUAUGGGAUCAUUAAUAUUUGUAUCAUUACUUUUUUAUAUUUAUUAUUCAUUUCACUAUAUUUAUGAAUAUCAUUUCACACAAAGUGAAAUAUCAUGCAAAUGCUAACAAUAUUGGAAAAUUACCAAUACAAAAUUUUUAACUGAAUCAUUUAUAACUUGGUCACAUUUGUUCUACGGCGGCCGUAU